GCUUAAACAAAAUCAUAAAACCGGUUUUCUGUUUUCACUUUCAUCUCUCUCAGUUGUUUUCUUCGUCUACACAAACCCUAGCCCAGAAAGUGUAUGAUUUCGACCACGUAGCCUUGAAUAUGGAUCAAUUUGGUGGAGGAAACUGGAAUAUGAUCCCAACCAUGCCAACUCAUAGCAACCCUACCACGCCAUCCAACCAGGAUCAUCUAUAUCUCCAGCAACAGCAACAAUUUCAACAGCAGCAGCAAUUUCAUCAACAACAACAGUUUCAACUGCAACAACAACAGCAGCAACAACAGCAGCAACAACAACGGUAUCAGAUUUCUCAACAACAGCAACAGCAGCAACAACAACAACAACAGCAACAGACUUCACAAUCACUGGCUUCACACUUCCACCUCCAAAACUUGGUGGAGAAUUUAGCAGAUGCGAUUGAGAAUGGAACUCGAGAUCAGCAUUUUGAUACACUGGUUACUGAAUUGAGCAGCCACUUUGAGAAAUGUCAGCAGCUCUUGAACACCAUAUCUGGAUCUAUUGCCACCAAAGCUGCGACGGUGGAGGGACAAAAAUGUAAAGUUGAUGAAGCUGAACAAAUGCUAAAUCAAAGAAGGGAACUAAUUGCAAAGUACAAAAAUUCUGUUGAAGAACUUACAAAGUCUGAUUUAAUCAACAAGCUUGAUGAUCAUUGUUUCUCCUUCAAAUUCGAGGUGUUUCCUUCAUAUCUCCUGUGCAUUAGUUUCAAGGCGUUGGAUUUCCAAUGGCUACAGCUGCCACACCCUGUUUGA